AUGGGCUGGGAGCAGCAUUAUGCCCUCCCGGUACUCAACACUGAAAACAAGGGUUUAAUAGACAAGAUAUGCGAGAUUAAAAGGACGCUGUUGAAACUGAGAAACAAACGUGAGCAGAAUCAAGAAAAAAAGCAAUUAGGAAACGACUGCUUGAAAAAUGUUAGAAAGGAGCUGGAAAUCACAGAGGCUUUGUGCAAGGCCAAAGAAAGAGAGAUUGAUUUGGAGAUAGACCUCGCCGCCGUUGCUGAGAGAGAAAACGGCCGUCUGGUGCAAGAAAAUGCAAAGAUGGACAAUGAAAUUCAGCAGUGGGCUGAAAAGGCCAAAUAUUUUAAGAACAACAUCACGAAGGCUAAACAGAAGCUGGAGCAGUUUCGGGAGAAAAUGAAUUGGGACCAGCAAGCCCUGAAUUCUUUUUUGGAGGAGUCAACAAUAAAAGAUGAUGAUAUGAUGGCCAUCAUGAAGUAUUCACAUCAGGAUGAGCAGAGGAUCAAGUCACUUUCUUUGGCCAUCGAGAGGACAACAUUGGACGCCAAUAAAAAGCGCAAAGGGCUUGACAAAGAAAUGACAGAGACUUUAUCUGCACAGAUCGCUUUGGACAAGACAAUGGCGAAUUUGCAGCAGGCUCACGUAGAAACUGAGCAGAUCAUCUACCAGUGGGAAAACACCAUCCAACAAAUGAAGCAAAGAGAUGCUGAGAUGCAUCAGUCUGCUCUGAAACUGGCUGAGACCCACCAAAUCAUCAGAGAAAGGAACGACUCUUUGACGGAACUGAGUGACUUGCAGGACUCGCAGGUGAUCGACAACAAAGUCAAAGAGAAGAAAUUAACCACGACCAAUCGACAAACUGCAAAACUGCGACUUGAUUACAAGCAGCGAGAGAGCAAUUACGUUGAGAUGCAGGAUGAGCUGAAAAGUUGCAAAGCCUUAUUGGAUAGAACAACCUCCAAUGUGCACUCAAUGAGGUCCCACAUACACAGGAUGGAGGAAACCAUCGAGAACAACAACGGAAAACUGAAACAAGCGCAGGCCCACAAUGCUGCCCUUGAGGCAAAGCUGAACUCUGUGAUACAAAACGCCCUGAGUGAGAAAGAAAGAGCUGCCCAAAUGGAAACUUUCCUCAAGGAAGAGCAGCAAGUUAUCAAGGAGCUGGACGUCCAGCUACGUGCCCGCGGCAAGGAGCUUGUCCGGUGCAAACAGAACGGAGAGGACGCUAAGGCAAAGGAAAAGAAUUAUGUGGCGCAUUUACUACGGAGCAAAUGCACCAUCAACACAUUAGAAUGUCAGCUCAAGAAGCAAGAGGAGUACUUACUCAAACAGAUGAUGAUCAUGAAUGAAAAGGAUUCCCAGUUGAUCAUUUUAGAUAAAAAACUAUCACGAUUGCAAGGUGUUGUUGGUGAUUCAGAUGAAAAGCUGGGGAUGGAAGUCAAGAUCACAGAGCUGCUAAAUGCCCUCGAGGAGAAGAAGAAGACAUCCAGUAAGAUCGUCAUCAAAAUCAAAGAGUCUGAGGAGGACAUUCGCUUUUUGCUGAAAGAGCGGGAGGAUUCCGCAGCUCAGAAGAAAGAGCUGCACAACAAAGUAGCGGAACUGAAGCUGAUCAAUAAUAAUAUUGAGAAGGAGCUGAAGAGACUUGGGCAAAAGAAACAGGAACAUAUCGUGGAGCAGAACAUCUCCAAGCUGGAGGUGAGGCGUAAGAGGGAUCUGCUGUUCAGCAAAGCCAACAGUGUGGUGUCCUUGGAGAAAAGACAGCUGAAUGUGAAGAAAGCAAUUCAUGAGCGGCAAGAGGAAAUCAGAGUCUACAGUCAAAUGCUCACUCAGCAGCUGAAGACCACAGAGCAGGAGAGACAGAAAAUCAGCAUGGAACUGAAUAUAAAGUUGUCCAAGGUUGAAGUCUCCAAGAAGCAUUACGAGGUUGUGACGUUUGCCAUGGCAGUCCAAGAGGAUGACGAGAAUGCGGUCAAGUCUCAAGCUCACUACAUCGCCCAAGCCGCACUAGAAAAAGCGGAACUCAAGCAGCGGGGAGAGUGUCUAAAUAGCAAAAUCCGCAAGGCCGAGCAGGAAAAUAAAGCUCUGGAAAACACAACUCUGUUAUUUCGCAUGAAUAAUACUGGAUUUCAUACAACAGUCAUCAAAGCUAAAGAAGCCACUCCGGAUUAUCAGGAAAAGUUCAAGCUUGAAGAGCAGCUUCAGGUAGCCAAGGCAACGCUAGUGUCCAAAAAGCAACUAGCUCAAAAGCUUCGUGAGGAUCUACAGGCAAUUAACAAUGCCUUGAAGACUCAACUACAAGACAAACAGGCUUUGGAAAAAGAAGUCAUGCAACUUAUGGAUUUUAAUGAUUCUGUCAGUGAGAUGAUCCUUACUGCCACCAAGUUCAAACCUCAACUCAAAUCGGCACUGCAGCAGCAGUUUCAGCAGGCCAAUCUGUCUUUUCCAUCUCCAGCUAUCUCUGGCAUAAGUCGAAGGUCCAACCUUGUCAGCAGCUCGCUCUCUGUCAGGUGUGGUGCCUUUUCAGCCAGUAGCCACAAGCCUUCUGAUGAGCCGGACCCCACUAUGAAGACCGUGAUCCUGGGGCAGGAUCUUCCGUAACGCUUUUGCCCUCGUGACAUUUGAUUGCUCAGGAACUUCCCCUCCUUGUGAGAUUGAAUUGGAUGAUCGCUUGCAUAUGUGACUGAAAAAUAGACUAUUGGGGAAAAAAUAUACUACAUCUUACCUUUUAAAAAGGACAAUAGUUAAAUUAUUUUCUUAAGUGGUCGAGAAUUGUGGUGGACUAGCCAGGACAUUUUGUUUUUAUGCUUAUUCAUGCCAUUCACUAAAGCAGACAUGGGGAAACUACGGCCCGCGGGCCACAUCUGGCCCACGGGGCCGUUUAAUCCCGCCCGCCAAACCUGAAUAAUUAUUAUAAUUAUUUUCCCUGCAAUUACUAUGUUUCCCCAGUAGACGGGGAAGUGCCUGCCCGCGCAUUUACUCCCGGGAGCCGUGUCAGACAGCUCGGUGCACACUCACAAGUGCGUGUGCGUACUCAGUAGUACAUAGUAAUUUCAUCUAUCAGUGCCGAAUUUCCAGUGUAGGCUGUGACGUCAAUAUUCUCGUAAUUCGCGCGCUGAGUUUUCAGAUACAGAUUUACGCUAAUGCCACCCACAAACCUUCCCCUGGAAUCCUUCCAUUAAAAUGAGUGGCCCAAAUGAAAAGAAAGGUGGACACUGAGUGCCAAAUGUUAAAAAAGAGUAGACAAUUUGGCUCGACCUACGUGUGUGAGAAGACGUUCAGCCACAUGAACGUCAACAAAGCCCGUCACAGAUCUAGGUUAACGGACCGACACCUCGGCUCUAUCCUAAGAAUUGCCACAACAAAUUUCACUCCAGACUAUGAUGCACUAGCAAAAAAGGGAAACCAACAAUACUAUUGAUUUCUUUAUUACUUUAUUUAGAUGUAUUCUUUCACUGAUUCUUCAAGAUGAUGUAUUUGGUCAGAAUGUUUGCCGUUGGAUGUGAUUUCGCCUCAUUAGAUAAACACAUUUCAUAAAUCUGACCUGCAGGCGCUGAAGUGUCAAAGUCAAAGUCUGCUUUAUUGUCAAUCUCUCCACAUGUUAAGACACACAAAGAAACCAAAAUUACAUUUCCUCUAUCCCACGGUGACGAGACAUAGCACACGAUAGACAUACAAGUAAACGACACAAAAUAAAAACAAGAAGGCACAAACAAUAAAUAAUAAGAGUGAUGAAUAAAUAAUAAAUAAACAAAUAACCCAAUAAAUAAGAGGAGGAAAACGGAGCAAGUGUGCAUACAGCAGACAGUAAGCAUAGUGCAAAAGUACAGGACACUACGCAGAAAGGGGAAGCGAGUUCAGGAUCCUAAUAGCCUGGAGUAUGAAGCUGUUGGUGAGUCUGGUGGUGCGGGAGCGCAGGCUCCUGUACCUCUUCCCAGAAGGCAGAAGAUCGAACAAAGAGUGAGCGGGGUGACUCACAUCACUCACAAUCGCGGCCGCCUUGCGGGUGAGUUGGGAGGUGUAAAUUUCCUUCAAGGAGGGGAGUGAAGCACCAAUAAUCUUACCAGCCGUGUUCACUAUGCACUGCAGGGCCUUCAAGUUGUAGUCAGUGCAGCUGCCACCCCAAACAGCAAUACAGCUGGAGAGGACGCUCUCAAUAGUGCCACGGUAAAAUGUAGUCAUGACGGCCGGAGGAGCGCUCGCUCGCCUGAGUUUCCGCAGGAAGUACAGGCGGCGC